AUGCAGUUAGCAGCAGGGAGGGAAGCUCACAACACACACUCUCUGCCUGAGUGUAGGGAGCUGGUGGGUUACAGGAGUAGAGGACAUUAGCUCUACCUCUGUCCUCGCCUUUCUCUACCCACCCACACUGACUUGUCUGUGUGUGCAUUCACCUGGUGGGGUAGGGGCCAACUGGAUCUGGUCUUGCCUCUUUUCCAAUGAGGCAAGCUCCCUGUGAAGACUUUCCUUAAGUGAUCGAAAAGAUUUAGUAUCUUCUUUCUGAAACAAACCUUGACAGAGUAGCCAUGGCUCACGCUGCGGCUCACAUCAAGAAGGCCAGGUCCGAGAUGGAUCAACCUCCGGACCUGAAGGCUCUGGAGAAAGCCAGAGAGAGGAAGCGGCGUUCCCGGGAACGUGCUGAACGCAAGCGCAAGUCGGACAGUAACACCAGUUUCCUGCGAGCAGCAAGGGCAGGAAACAUCGACAAGGUUUUGGAAUAUCUGAAAAGUGGAGUGGACAUCAGUACCUGCAAUCAGAAUGGUCUUAAUGCACUGCACCUGGCGGCCAAGGAGGGCCACAUGGACCUGGUCCAGGAGCUGCUGGAGAGAGGCGCUGCUGUAGAUUCGGCUACAAAGAAAGGAAACACUGCACUUCACAUAUCAUCUCUAGCGGGUCAGGCUGAAGUGGUGAAGAUCCUGGUUAAACGUGGAGCUGACAUCAACGCACAGUCUCAGAAUGGAUUUACUCCUCUGUACAUGGCUGCCCAGGAGAAUCACCUGGAUGUGGUCCGAUACCUGUUGGAGAAUGGAGGCAACCAGAGCACUGCUACAGAGGAUGGCUUCACCCCUCUGGCCAUCGCCUUGCAGCAGGGCCACAACCAGGUGGUUUCUAUCUUACUGGAGAACGAUACAAAAGGAAAGGUCCGGCUGCCGGCCUUGCACAUCGCUGCCCGUAAGGACGACACCAAGUCGGCCGCCCUGCUGCUACAGAACGACCACAACGCUGAUGUCCAAUCGAAGAUGAUGGUCAAUAGGACUACUGAGAAUGGCAAGAGUGGGUUCACCCCCCUGCAUAUCGCUGCCCACUAUGGGAACGUCAACGUGGCCACACUGCUGCUGAACCGAGGGGCAGCCGUUGACUUCACAGCACGGAAUGGGAUUACUCCCCUACAUGUGGCUUCCAAGCGUGGAAACACUAACAUGGUCCGCCUGUUACUGGACCGUGGUUCUCAGAUCGAUGCUAAAACCAGGGACGGUCUCACACCACUUCACUGUGCAGCUCGGAGUGGACACGAUACAGCUGUGGAGCUGCUGCUGGAAAGGGGAGCACCUUUACUGGCCAGAACCAAGAACGGUCUGUCUCCUCUCCACAUGGCCGCUCAAGGGGACCAUGUUGAAUGUGUCAAACACCUUCUGCAGCACAAGGCGCCUGUUGAUGAUGUCACGUUGGACUACCUGACAGCGCUCCAUGUGGCAGCACACUGCGGCCACUACAGAGUCACCAAACUGCUGCUGGACAAGAGGGCCAACCCUAAUGCCAGGGCUUUGAACGGCUUCACCCCGCUGCACAUAGCCUGUAAGAAGAACAGAGUGAAGGUGAUGGAGCUGCUGGUUAAAUAUGGAGCCUCUAUCCAGGCCAUCACAGAGUCUGGCUUGACUCCCAUCCACGUAGCAGCCUUCAUGGGUCACCUGAACAUCGUCCUGCUGCUGCUACAGAAUGGAGCCUCACCUGAUGUCAGCAAUAUUCGUGGAGAAACGGCGUUACACAUGGCGGCAAGGGCAGGUCAGGUGGAGGUGGUGAGAUGUCUGCUGAGGAACGGAGCGAUAGUGGACGCCAGGGCACGGGAGGAUCAGACUCCCCUGCACAUUGCAUCCCGUUUGGGGAAAACAGAGAUCGUCCAGCUACUGCUGCAACACAUGGCCCAUCCUGAUGCCGCCACAACCAACGGCUACACGCCUCUACACAUCUCAGCCAGAGAGGGGCAGGUGGAGACGGCCUCGGUCCUGCUGGAGGCUGGGGCUUCACACUCACUGGCCACUAAGAAAGGGUUUACUCCCCUUCAUGUGGCCUCCAAGUAUGGAAGCCUGGAUGUGGCCAAGCUUCUGCUGCAGCGCCGUGCUCCACCUGACUCUGCUGGAAAGAAUGGACUCACCCCGCUCCAUGUCGCAGCACAUUACGAUAACCAGAAGGUGGCGCUCCUGCUUUUGGACAAAGGAGCGUCCCCCCACACCAUGGCCAAGAAUGGCUACACCCCUCUCCACAUUGCGGCUAAGAAGAACCAGAUGGAAAUCGCCACAGUGCUGCUGCAGUACGACGCCGAGACCAACAUCCUGACCAAACAGGGCGUAACCCCACUGCACCUGGCCUCCCAGGAGGGUCACAGUGACAUGGCCGCGCUGCUCCUGAGCAAGGGGGCUCAGGUCAACGUUUCCACUAAGAGCGGCCUGACUGCCCUCCAUCUGGCAGCUCAGGAGGACAAAGUCGCCGUUGCUGAGAUUCUCGCCAAGCACGGUGCCAACCUCGACCAGCAGACCAAAUUGGGCUACACCCCACUUAUUGUGGCCUGUCACUAUGGAAACGCCAAGAUGGUCAACUUCCUGCUACAGAAUGGAGCCGGCGUAAAUGCUAAGACCAAGAACGGAUACACUCCCCUUCACCAGGCAGCCCAGCAAGGAAACACACACAUCAUUAAUGUACUGCUACAAUAUGGAGCCAAGCCAAACGCUACCACUGUGAAUGGUAACACUGCUCUGGGUAUUGCUCGGAGGUUGGGCUACAUUUCUGUGGUGGACACGCUGAGAGUCGUCACCGAGGAGAUCAUUACCACCACUACGACGGUGACAGAGAAACACAAGCUGAAUGUGCCAGAGACGAUGACUGAAGUGCUGGAUGUCUCGGACGAAGAGGGCAGCCUCUAUACUAUUGGCACCAGAACCUCUCUGUCUAACUACAGUGAUGACACAAUGACAGGUGAUGGGGGGGAGUACCUAAGGGCUGAGGACCUCCGAGAGCUGGGAGACGACUCUCUGCCAGGACAGUAUCUGGACGGAAUGAACUACCUGCGCUUUAGCCUCGAGGGCGGACGCACUGACAGUCGAAUGCAAAGUUCAGACCGGUCUUUCACCCCCACCCACCACAGCUACUACUCCCCGAAACACGAAAGCAUGAUGGACGACAUGCUCACCAGUCACCAGGUUUCGACUCUUACCAGGGAGAAUGAGAGAGAUUCGUACCGACUCAGUUGGGGCACAGAGAACCUGGACAACGUGGCAUUAUCCUCCAGUCCUGUUCACUCUGGCCAUUCCUCUCCGUGCCAUGAUCAUGGAGACCACAGCAGCUUCCUGGUCAGUUUUAUGGUGGACGCAAGGGGCGGAGCCAUGCGUGGAUGCCGGCACAAUGGUCUACGCAUUAUCAUCCCGCCCAGGAAGUGCAGCGCCCCUACACGGGUCACAUGUCGACUGGUGAAGAGGCACCGUCUGGCCACCAUGCCCCCGAUGGUGGAGGGUGAGGGUCUGGCCAGCAGGCUCAUCGAGGUGGGGCCGUCUGGAGCCCAGUUUCUUGGUAAACUGCACCUCCCCAGUGCGCCUCCACCUCUUAAUGAGGGAGAGAGUCUGGUUAGCAGAAUCCUCCAGCUCGGCCCGCCGGGCACAAAAUUUCUCGGGCCUGUGAUCGUGGAGAUCCCACACUUCGCUGCCCUGCGAGGGAAAGAGAGGGAACUGGUUAUUCUGAGGAGUGAGACAGGAGAGAGCUGGAAGGAGCAUCACUGUGAGCACACCCAGGAGGAGCUGAACCAGAUACUCAACGGCAUGGACGAGGAGCUAGACACACCGGAAGAGCUGGAGAGGAAGCGCAUCUGCCGCAUCAUCACCAGAGAUUUCCCACAAUACUUUGCAGUGGUGUCACGCAUCAAGCAGGACAGUAAUCUGAUUGGUCCUGAAGGAGGCAUCCUGAGCAGCACUGUGGUCCCUCAGGUCCAGGCGGUGUUUCCUGAGGGGGCCCUCACCAAGAGGAUCAGGGUCGGGCUGCAGGCCCAGCCAGUGCUUGUGGAUGUAGUGAGGAAGAUCCUGGGGAACAAGGCCACCUUUAGCCCCAUCGUCACCUUAGAGCCCCGCAGGAGGAAGUUCCAUAAACCCAUCACCAUGACCAUCCCCGUCCCCAAAACCAACGCUGACCCGGUCCUCAAUGGCUUCGGAGGGGACACGCCCACUUUACGACUGCUCUGUAGUAUCACUGGUGGGACAACGCCAGCCCAAUGGGAGGAUAUAACAGGAACCACACCAUUAACAUUUAUCAAUGACUGUGUCUCCUUCACAACCAACGUGUCUGCCAGGUUCUGGCUGAUAGACUGUCGGCAAGUCCAGGAAUCUGUCAACUUCUCUACUCAGGUGUACAGGGAGAUCAUUUGCGUCCCUUACAUGGCCAAGUUCGUCAUCUUUGCCAAGACCCACGACCCCAUCGAGGCCCGCCUACGCUGCUUCUGCAUGACCGACGACAAGAUCGACAAAACACUGGAGCAGCAGGAGAACUUCACUGAGGUGGCUCGCAGCCGAGACGUAGAGGUCCUGGAAGGUAAACCUAUCUAUGCAGACUGUUUUGGAAACCUCGUCCCCCUCACCAAAAGUGGCCAGCACCAUCUUUUCAGCUUUUUUGCCUUCAAGGAGAACAGACUAGCUCUCUUCAUCAAAAUUAGAGACAACACUCAGGAGCCAUGUGGUCGUCUAUCCUUUAUGAAAGAACCCAGGAAUUACAGGUCGCUUACCCAAAAUGCCAUAUGCAACCUCAAUAUCACUCUCCCAUCAUACUGUAAGGAGUCCGAUUCCGACCAAGAGGAAGAGAACGGCAGAACGCUAGAGAAAUAUCGCAAAUGCGGAGAAAGAGUUAAACACAUCCAUCUACAUGAAGAGACGGCGACAUCAGGGCUGAAAUCAGAGCUGAUUCGAGAACCAGACCUCCUAUCCGACGUGUCAGAGAUGAAACAAGAUUUGAUCAAAAUGACUGCCAUCUUGACUGCAGACUCCACAGAGAAAUCGCCUUCCAUAGGAGGGUGUGGUCUAGAGAAAGGGACUGAGGAUGUGUCAGGAGAGCCAUUAGAAAUAAUGGAAAAGGAUUUAGAGAAAGUCAAAGAGGACCUAGAGAAAGUCAGUGAGAUACUGAGGAGUGGGACUUAUGAGGGAGAGGCAGCGGAGGAGGCAGCCAAGGCUGCUAGAAUGGCAGAGGAGUGGGUUCUCCUUUCUGACAGUGAGAUAGAGGAGGCCAAAAAGAUGGCAGCCUUAGAAGUAAAAGAGCCAGUCCUACGUGAAAGUAGAGCUAACAGAGGGGCUCCCAGACCUAAAGCCAUAAAGGACAGUGGUGACCUAAAAGAAUACCUCCUUGAUUCACCAGUAAGCUCCAAAACAAAAGCUAAAAAAGAGACACCUGUGCAAGAAAAAUUCACCGAUGUUGUACUCCGUAAAAGUGCAAAACCAACAACUAAAGUGCAAGAAAAAAGCACUACUGGUGACAUUAAAAAGCCUGUCAGAAGGAAGGGGAAAGACCAUGGACCGGCAGAGGAAUCAGCAGAGGCAGGUGGUCUUCUAAAUGUGCCUACAGCCCCGGCCCAAAAAUCACCUGUAUCCCCAGUAGUAGAAGAAACUCCAAUAGGAUCCAUAAAGGACAAAGUCAAAGCCUUACAACAGAAAGUCGAGGCAGAGCAAAAGAGCAAAAAGGUCACUGGGAGCAAACCUUCACAAUUGCCUGUUUCAAGCAAACCUUCCCCAAAAGCCAAAGAGAGCCCUAAAUCUAAACAGGGCCCCCCUAAAUCUCCCAAAGCUGAAUCUGAAAAACUUGAGGAGACCAUGUCAGUUAAAGAGCUAAUGCAAGCAUUCCAAACAGGGCAAGACCCCUCAAAGAGAAAGACUGGGCUUUUUGAGGUAAAAACAUCCACAACAUCAAGAUCAGAAAAAACUACAAAAUCUGAAACCAUCCAGUCAAAAACCAUGACCAAAGCAAUAACCUCACGUGUCUCUCAAGAAAAGGAAAUGUCUUUGGAUUCAAAACCUCGCAAGAAAGAACCCACACAAGACAAAGAGAAGACGGCUAAGUUUACUUCUGCCGCCCAUUCAGAGCUAACUGAAACUGUAGACUUUGGAAAUGGUGGCCUUGAUGAUAGCUCUGACAGCCUAAAGCAUGAAGGUGUGGCAGACUCACUAAGUGCCAGUUCUGGAGAUGGAACCCCUCAUCUGAGCUCUGAGGACAGUUACAAGCAUGAGGGUCUUGCAACUCCAGGCACAAGCCCUGAGAGUUUGUGUCUCUCUCCCAAAAGUGGACAGACCUCUAAGUCAUCAGCAGCUGCUGAGACAACAGACAAAAAAGAAAGUAAAGAUACAGAGAAGUCUGGAGACUCUGGGUUAGGAACCACUGGUGAACAACUGCCUACAGAACUGACCCUCCCUGUCUCUUCAAGCACGGCUGCAGAUGACCACACUACAAGUGAGUCUAUAUCUGUUAGGAGGAGCGAAUCUAAGCCAAGUAAACCUCAUAAGCUUACAAAGAGAAUUUCAGAGACAGUAGAAACUUUUCUUAGUGAUGAUGAGAGCCCUGAGCGCCAGCUAGGGUUAUCUUUUGGUUCUCCAGUCACUAGAUCCUCUUCUCAGCGUCAAGACAGCUUAGAGCUUAAUUUAAAACAGGACUCAGAUGCUCUUAGUCCUUUAGCUGAUGACUCUUUGACAAUAAGCCACAGAGACUCUCUAGAGGGUAGUCCUCUCAUGGAAGAAAACUCCUCCCAUAAGUCCCCAGAUUCAAUUGAACCUAGCCCAACUAAGGAGUCACCACCUCAUGACUCCUUAGAGAACAGUCCUGUAGAGCAAAAAACACAUCUAUCCUUCCCAGCAGUGCUAGAUCCUUCUAGUACAAUCUCUAGCCAUCCAGAACCCUCCAAAGCUAAAGAAUUCCCCCAAGAUGCUUUGCGUAGUAGGCUGCUAAGAGACCAUGAUGCUAGUGCCGACGAUGACAGUUGUGAGCAGACAUCUCAGAUGACAAGUUCUGGUAAGAGUCCCCUCUCCCCUGAAACUCCUAGUUCUGAAGAGGUAAGUUAUGAGGUAAACCCCAAACCCCCUGACCAUUCAUUCCUGUGUGUUCAAUCCAAACCGGCUGUCAUCCCUGAAGAUCCAGAUGAAGAGGAUACAUCAGACAGCUAUGAAGCUAAGAGAAAGUUCACUCCAGAGGAGGAGAUGUUUAAAAUGGCAGCCAAAAUAAAAACAUUUGAUGAAAUGGAACAAGAAGCAAGGACCAAAAAGAACUCUAGAAAAGAUUUAUGUUCCUCAGCAGAUGCCAAAAUAGGGGAUGACAGCUAUGAAACAUUAGACUCCCAAAAUGAGAAGCUUUCCCAAAGUGCUUGCGGUCUCAGUAGACCCACAGAAGAUUCAAAGGUAGCUCUUUGUGUUGAUCCCCAUAUUAAAGUACAACCUCCCUCUCCUUUUUCAGCAGGUUUGCAUGAUGGACCCAAGAGCAAAGAGGUCACGAACACAACAACAGCCACUGUCACUUCAGAGGGAUCUCACUCUGUCUCAGACCAACAUCAUUCAGAGUCAAACUCAAAAACUGCCCAGGAACAAGGACUGUCAGCGUCUGUAACCGCUAAUAAGGAUGGUACUGCCAAAAAGGCAACUGUAACAUCAGAUACUGAAAACAGGACUGAUGAGCAAAAAGAGGAGUGCUUACGAAAAUCAAAAGAAAACAAAGAAGAGUUAGGUGUUAGUGGGACCCUAAAACAGGGGAGUAAUGUAACUGAUGAAGCAAAAGGAGAUCAGAAGGGGCGAAGUGGGACAGUUGGUUCAAGCGUUGGUAUUGCUCAUACAAAAGACAUGUUCAAACCAGAGGUCUGUAUCUAUGAUGACACAGAGGAGGAUGAUGAGGCUCUGGAACCACCAAGAACUGAGUCAAAAGGUGUCACUGCAAGGGUAGACACUGACUCAUGGACUGCCAUGCGAGAGGAUGAUGCUGCUUUUGCAGCACGUGUCAAAGAAGAGGAACAGAAGAUACUAAAUCUGGUGGUGGACCGUCAGUCUCUUCAAGCAACCCCAGACACAACACCUGGUAGAACACCGACAGAAGAGAGCACUCCUACCAGUGAGCCCAACCCCUUUCUGUUCCAAGAAGGCAAACUCUUUGAGAUGACCAGAAGUGGUGCCAUUGACAUGACUAAGAGGAGCUAUGAGGAGGAGGGUGGUGGCUUUGCCUUUUUUCAGAUAGGUGAACAACUUGUAGAGGAGCCUGUCUUAGAGGAGGUCAAACAGGAAGGUCAGAGAUCAGCAGCAGAGCCUGAGGUUGGCCUCAAUCUAACACUAGAGGUUAAGACUGAGGAAGAUGAGAAAUCUAAACAAACAACUGACUCUCAGCUUCAAUCCCCACCUGAAGGUGAUCAGACAUUAUCCAAAGCUGAUGCUUCCAAAUCAAAAAUUCCAAAAAUGGGCAUUUCAGCUUCAUCCAAAUCUGCAAAGAAAGAUCAAACAUCCCCUGAAGGUCCUGAAACUAAAACAGACAAAAAUGUAAAUGAAGCAUCACUAGAGUUAGAAUCCAGUUCCUCCGAUCAAAUGAUAACAAAUGUACAGACAGCAGAGACUACAGUCACUAGAUCUGUAUACUCUGAGCAAGGCCAGGAAUCCUCUGAUUCCUCUCCAGAGGAACCACAGUCAGUGAUAGAAGCCCCAAAAUCUACAGGAAAAUCCAAACAAAGUACCUCCAGUAGUGUUAAAAAGACUCCAGUCAAAACACAAGCUAAGUCUGCUUCUCAAGGUCGAGGUAAACCCACAGUGUCAUCUUCAUCUUCUGGAACUUCUUCAGUUACUAAAAAAGACCCCUCCCCUACUUCUGAGUCUAAAUCUAGAAUUCCCAUCAAGGCUAGCACUCUGAAGCCUGAUUCUGCUUCCAAACGGGCUGAAUCUAUGCAAGAAAAAAAGAUCAAGGUCCCUGUAAAAAAGGAUGCAAGGAGAAAAUCUGAGACAGAUGCAGGUCCCUCUGUGGAAAUCAAAACCAAGACACCAUCUUCCAAAGCUAAGAGCUUCUGUGAAGGGGAGUCUACCAGACCAUCCGCCAGAAAGGAACAGGGUCGUCCCUUGAGUGUCGAGUCAGCAAAAUCUAAAGGUUUCCAGUCCAGACUCCCAGUCAGAGGUAAAAGUGGUCAGUCAACAUCUACUAAAGAGAAACGUGUGCCACAUAAACAGGCCAACGAUUUCUUUGAAGAAAUAAGUGAUGAAGCAGCAAAAGUUGUGGAAAGGUUGGCACAGUCAGAGACAGAGAAGGAGCUAGAGGCUGCAGCCGCCAACUCAGAUGAUGAGAGCAGUCUCAUUGAUCCAUCAGUCCUAGAAAGGGAAGCUUUCGCUGAGAUGCAGUUCCCUCCCUCUGGAGCCGUCUUUCCCAUUAGACCACUGUGGGAUGACCCUGUUGAGACACAGAUGCAGCGAAUCCCUGAUGAUAAAGUCCAAAGUCAAGUAGAUCCACAGGAUGAAGCAGAGAGAAAAGAGCAACGGUUGGCCAUUAUAGCUGACCACCUGGGCUUCAGCUGGACAGAGCUUGCCCGUGAACUGGACUUCAGUGAGGAAAAGAUCAACCUAAUACGAAUUGAAAACCCCAACUCAUUGCAAGACCAAAGCCAUGCCCUUCUGAAACUUUGGGCAGAGCAGGAAGGGCCACAAGCUGCAGAAACAACACUGAUUAGAAGACUCACUAAGAUUAACCGAAUGGACAUAGUUCACCUCAUUGAAACCAAGAUAAUCAAGUCCACUCAGGAGGAGACAUCAUCACAUACCUAUGCAGAAAUAGAGCGGACUAUAGCUCUAGAUCAUAGUGAAGGUUUCUCUGCUCUUCAUGAAGACAUCGACAGCCCCAGACCAGGCCGGCGUACAGAUACUGCACGUAGGAGUCCAGGCUCAGGACAAGAUGUACCUGUGGUAUCAGCAGAGGACCUGUCCUCCAGUUUGUCAUCGCUUCAUGACACAACAGGACGAUCAGAGGCAACAGGCCUUCUUAGAAACACCCAGAAAGGAAAAGUACAAAAAGAGAUGGAAACCGCAUACUCAUCACAAGGAAUAUAUGAGGAAGUGGCCGACCCUCCACUUCAUACAGGCAGUUUUAAACAAGCGGAUACUCUACCAGAUAUCCCACCACAGUCAGUCACAGAGGAGAAGUACACGGAUGAGCAUGGGAACAUGGUAGUCAAGAAGAUCACACGGAAGGUGAUUCGGAAGUACGUGUCUCCUGACGGCAUGGAGACGCAGGAAGUGACCAUAGAAGGCUCUCAUCAGGAGAGUGUGCAGAUCGAAGAGGGCGAUGCUGUUUCCAGAGUGGUGAAGAGGACUGUGCUUCACAGUGAGGGAGGUCAGAAAGAGCUCACCUUCUCAGAGCCGCGGGCCCUGGGCGCCGCCACCACAUCAGAAUUCGAGGUGGAGCCAGUGCAGGGUCGAAAGGUCAGCAAGGUUGUCAAGACGACGGUGGUGAGGGGUGACAGGAUGGAGAAACACACGGGAGACUCCUCAUUGGCUGCUGACCUCCCCUCAGCCAGGGAGGACUUCGAGAAGAAGCCAAAUGCGUAAGUCGCGAACCCAGAAGAGGACUGUGGUGAGGGAUGCCCAGGGGAAGCAUGUGCACCUGGAGCGGCUGGACGACACCCCAGACGCCAUGCAGCCCGACGCACUUCAGCAGCACCUGCACCAACUGCUCCAGCAAUACUGCAAGGAUGACAAGGAAGAGGAGGAGGAUGGGAAGAAGGAGGAGGAGGAGGAGGGCUUAGACUGAGCUGAUCCUCUUCCUCCAUUUCCAGUGACGUACUCAGAUCCUUGUCCUCGCUGAUGACUGGAGUUAUUUCUUCCUUCGUUCUUUUUUUGUCAGUCGAUGGAACAGUAUCUUCACGCUUUCACUCUUUUUCCUUCCUUUUCGCACAUUGUGUUUCCUUUGCUCAUUUUGUGACCAAAGAUAGCGCCCCUUUGUUUUGUUUUUUUUUGCUCUCGGACGAUUUUUGUACCCGGCUGCUGUGGUGUGAUUAGAAGUAGAACCGCGACAAAAAGGUGGAUCAGAUUCUGGGCGGGGGGGGGGGGGGGGGGCAUCUCGGACGUUCGCCUCACGCAUGGGUCUCUUCUGGAGGAACUGUUGUAAACUUUUGUAUAUACAGGAGAUGGAAAAACAUGCUUGGACUGGAAAAAGUCAAAAAAAUUCAAAGCAUUUAAUACAUUAGCCCACGUAAACCUGCUGUACAUGCACCGAUUCAGCUGGAGAAUGGCCACCGUACAGAGAGAUUAAUGUUCAGAGGAGGAGUGAAUGUGUCAUCAUGGACUCUUUUACAGCCAAACAUCAACCCGUUGAUCUGUUUACAAAGAGGUGUACAUCUUCAGGCUGUGUGAUCACACCUUUUGUCUUCCCAUGAUGCAUCUUCCCUUUUUUUUGUGUGUGUGUGUCUGUCCUCCUUGUGUGUAUCGUACACUCACAUUGUAUCCGUCACAGAGCUGCCGCCUCUGUGUGUAUAUACAAUAUGUCAUAAGAGAAAGAAAGUAGUGAAGAGGAAUGUUGUGUUUUAUGAGAUCUGACGCAGAUCGACCACUUACUGUACCCACCGUCCCCGUAGACGCCGACCCUGACGACUGUAUUUCACCUCCACACAUGCUGCUUCUCCUGACAUCGCACUGCAGCGCCGCUCGCGUAUUUAUCAUCAUCGAACCUGUUAAAGGAUGAAGCUUUGACUUAUUGUUAACAAACUCUAAGAAACACUGAGCUAAUCCUACCAACGAGUGUGGAAUAAACGCUCCUCCUCUUUAAAACCGUAAACAUGAGGUACGCGCCUGUUCCUUCAAUCUCACUUUAGCAUCAUUUUACUUUAAGACAGAACUACAGCUGGAAAAACAGUUCGAUCUGAAAAAGUCACAUAUUAGUGUCAUCGUAUUUUUAACAGAAAGCCUGGAUAUGUGAAAGAAGUGGUGAAAGAGCCUCAGAGUUGCAUUAUGGGAAUUGUAGGAUGCACUGAGUCUGGGUUGCACCAACAAGGAUUAAUUUAUAAUUUAACUUAACAUUAUGUUGCACUUAUUCUUAGAAUGUUAGUCUCUUUUUAACCGUACUUCGAGGGUAAAUUCAACAAAACAACAGUGUAAAAUGUGAUCCAGGUUUAAUUUUAAAGUAACACAUGAGGUUUCAAUUUAAUAUCAGCUUUUAUGAGAUGGAUUCAAUAAAAGUGGUUAAGUUGCUUGUUUUCUUAAUCUUCUAUUAUUUUGCUUUAUUAGUUUAUUCAGUCACCAGAUGUUUCCUUAGUGAAGUAAAAUUAGAGCCAUUUUUCUGAGCCUUUUUGACUUGGCUACUUUACUUUUAUCCGAUCAAAUACGACUUUUUAUCGGACAGUUUUGCCUUUUCUCUUAUACUCACUAUCUCCUGAUCUACUAUAUUAGAUGUAUUAUUUAUGUCUUCAUGAAUGUAUUGAUUAUUUACUAUAUUUUGACAAGCAUCUGCAUUCUGGUGAAAUUCUAUUUAACUGUGGUGUACAUCCA